AUGGACAACUUUGGAGGCAACUUCUUUAAUUCGUAUAGCAACAACUCUAACAGGGAGGUAGAAGGAAACCAGUACUUCGAUCCCUACUUCGUGAAGCACCGAAAAAGAACAACAAAGGCGCAGCUUAAGGUUCUUGAGGAGACAUUCGAGACCAACAUCCGGCCGGAUGCAAACAUGAGAAAGAAGCUUGGAGAGCAGUUGGGGAUGACGCCCAGAAGUGUCCAAGUGUGGUUCCAAAACAGAAGGGCAAAGAUUAAAAAGCUUACGCAGAAGAAGAUGAUGCAGCAGGAGAACACGGACAACACCAAGGGCCCUGAUGCCGCGCAUGGAUCAAGUUCUCCUAAGGAGUGUAAGUACAACAGCUAUUACCCGUACAUUCCUAUACAGGGGCCGUUAGAAGAGUUCAAUGUCUAUCCAAGAGACAACAGCAUAUAUAAGCACGGCAUGCCACAAGGCAUGGCAUCACCGAUAAUGUAUGAGGGCUUUGGAUACAGAGGCCAUGAAGAGUAUGGAUAUCCCUAUGUACAGAGAUAUGGAGGCGGGGAGUACUACCAGAUGCAGUAUCCGUAUGGGAUGGUACAGGCGCAAUGGCACCAGCCUCCUGGAUUCAGGGACGACGACUACUACCAUUCUGCUAGAAAACAACAAUAUAGAGGAGGCGCACCCAACUCCGAGAAGAUGUAG